AUGACGCAAUUUGAAGACAUUUUGAAAAGCGUCGGUCCUUUUGGACGUUCUCAACAAAUUCAAUACAUAUGUAUAUUUAUCGCGACCGGCGCUUCUGCAUUUUUUCAGAUGGGCAACACGUUUUACAGUGCAUCCGCUGACCAUUACUGUCGAACAUAUAAGAACCAGACGUACGAGACUAACUCCAAGUUGAAGAAUUGUACUAUACCAUACAGUUAUAGUGAAAGUGAAUGGGAGCAGUGUGAACGUUAUGAUGUCAAUGUAUCUCAGGGGUGUUUUAGUAGAGAUCUGUUUCCACGCUCUGGAACAACUGACUGCGACGGCGAGUGGGUUUAUGAUGACCAUUGGUAUGAAAACACGGUUGUUUUUGAGUUCGAUUUAGUGUGUGAUAGGGACUGGAUGAAACAGCUUUCAAAAUCCAUCGUGCCGCUUGGAAAUCUAGUUGGUGUAAUAAUAUUUGGUCAAAUCUCAGACAUUUAUGGAAGGAAAAUAGUAUAUGUUAUAUGUUUAUUAUCAACGAUAGUGGUGGCCAUUGCAGCGGCAUUCUCACCAACGUAUUAUUUUUUUCUUGUAUGCCAGUUUCUUCUUGGAGCAUUUCCACAUAGUUUGUAUAUUACUGGAAAUGUGAUGGUUAUGGAAAUAGUUGGAUUCAAAUACAGAACAAUACUCUCAUCUCUUAUCCACGUUUCAUUCAGUUCGUUCUACGCGUUGUUUGGCAUUAUUGCAUAUGGCUUGUCUGGAAAUUGGCGCAAAAUUCAACUGUUUUCUGGUCUUAUCUGUAUACUCUUCAUCCCAUCUAUUUGGUUAGUUACCGAGUCAGCAAUGUGGCUUAUACAAAAAUCGAAGUAUGCUAAAGCGACGAAAGUGCUGAAUAAAUGGGCUAAAAUAAACAAAACAAAAGUACCGGAUAAUUUGUUCAAAGAAGAAAAGGAGAUGACUGAGAAGAUAAAAAGCGUUAAAGAAAUUGAGGAGAAGCCCAAAAAAUAUACAGCUGUUGAUAUUUUUAAAACUCCGAAUCUGCGGACCAGUGCGGUUUUGAUGUCUUUCAACUGUUUUGUCUAUUAUGGAAUCUCAAUGAAUACUGACCAGAUUGGUGAAAAUCCAUAUAUCACAUUUUUUAUCGCUGCAGCUGUUGAAAUUCCAGGAAGUGUUCUUGGUUGGUUGUUAAUGAGAACUUUUGGUCGGAGAUGGGCUUUGUGUAGCACGACCGUUGUUGGUGGUUUGUGCUUGAUAAUAAGUGUACCACCAGAAAAUGUUAAUGUUUCGGUAACCUUGGCUAUGAUAGCAAAGAUGUGUAUUGCAGGAACGUUCACCAUUGUUUAUGUGUAUGCUCUUGAACUCUAUCCAACUACAGUUAGGAACGCGGGAAUGGGAGUAUCGUCGAUGUGUGCACGUGUCGGCAGUAUUGUAUCUCCUUACGUAUUUCUACUGGCUGACAUAUGGGAACCAGCGCCGUAUAUUAUAAUGGGGGCGACCUCUGUUGUGGCUGGUUUCCUUGCGCUCUUCAUUCCAGAAACACGUAACCACAGACUUCCGGAGACAAUUGAGGACGGGAGAACAUUCGGAAAAAAAUCGUAUAGGGAAGAAAAUAGCGAAAGGGCUGAGAAAAAUGUACGAUCAAUUAGUGUUCAAGUAGACAUCGAUGUUGCCGAAAACGUGAAUACCGUCGAUGGCUUCGAUAAAGACAUUCAUCCAACAGCUAGUGGACUUGUAAAUGAAGCAUAA